AUGUACCGGGACUGGUUAUAUAACCGGAGAGCUGAAAAGACCAUCAAAAAACAAAGCAAGUUCGGUAAGAAAUGGACUGCCCGGUUGGUGAUAGAACACCAGUGCAAGAAGGAGAUCCUUGAAAAGACUGGAGCAAGGCCAGGAGGGAAGGAAAUGAUUAAAAACUACCAGGGUGCGGUCAAUGCAAUUAUGGGCGGUUUAUCUGAAGAGCAGCUGGAGGAAGCAAAUAAGACGGCGAUAGAAUGGUCUAGCAAGGCUCCUCCUACAGAUGUCCAAGUUGAGUUCGCUCAGAAGAACACUCCUGGUAUGAUGAAGGAUCUUGCAACUCAGUUAUGGAGGCAGGCUGGUAUGAGGAUAUUCAUAUUGUCGGCAUGGAAAACUGAGGAAGGCGAAGUGAGGAUCAAUGGGUGA